CGGGGCGGCUCGGGGCGGCCGUUCCGGGAGCACCGCGCGUCACGUGACGCGGCCGGCCGCGGCCCGCCCCCCGCGGCACCGAGCAAAGGAUUAUGGCACAGGCUCAGGGUUUGGGGAGGAGAUACAUUAAAGCCUUUUUUAAAGGUUUCUUUGUUGCUGUUCCUGUAACUGUGACUUUUCUGGAUAGAGUUGCCUGUGUCGCAAGGGUGGAAGGAGCAUCAAUGCAGGUAUUCCUGGAAAUAUCUUUUGUCUAUCAGGAAAUUAAAAGGUGUCUCUUCACUGAUAAUAGCAAGCCUUCUUUGAAUCCUGGAGGAAGAGAAGCAUCUGAUGUAGUACUCUUGAACCACUGGAGCAUUAGAAAUUACGAUGUACAACGUGGGGACAUUGUGUCACUGGUGUCUCCUAGAAAUCCUGAGCAGAAGAUCAUUAAACGAGUGAUUGCUCUUGAAGGAGACAUUAUUAAAACCAUUGGAUACAAAAAGAAGUAUGUGAAAGUUCCACAUGGUCAUAUUUGGGUUGAAGGAGAUCACCAUGGGCACAGCUUUGACAGCAACGCUUUUGGUCCUGUUUCUCUUGGACUUCUACAUGCCCGAGCCACUCAUAUUCUCUGGCCUCCACAACGCUGGCAGAAGUUACAGCCGAUGCUUCCUCCGGAGCGCAAACCACUCCACAGGGAGCAGGAGUGAUCUGAACGCUCAGGCAUGAAAACAAUGACACGAAGUUCAACCAGAAAGAGUUGCAGUGGUUAUACCAUGAUCUGUAAGAGCUUUGCCAUGUCCUCUGACAUCAGUGUCAUGUCAAUAAAUACAUGUGACAUCUAAAUGUUACAAUGCCACCAGAAAUUCUUCUGGUGUCUGUUCUAUUGUUUGGUGGGUUUUAAAAAUUCCCAACAUUAAGGCAUUGUAUAUUAAUUCAGUUUGAAAUUAUUGGUUGUAGAGGAACUGAAUGUUCAUUUUUUUUUCCUGGAAGCAGUAACAUGCUUGGCUUAUGUCUGUACCUGUGCUUCUCUGGACAAGAAAUUAUUAAAACCUUCAAUAAACUAUUUUGGUCUUUUA